UGGCGCCGAGGCCGAGACCGAGGCUGAGGUAAAGCCUCGGCCGGCGCGUCCCCUCCACGCGGCUCAGGUGUGCGGGCCCUCGCGGCGCGCGUCUGGACGUCUCGGCGGGCUCGCGCGCUGUUCCGGCGAGGAUGCGGCUGUUCUACUGGCUGCUCAAGCAGCCCGUGCCCAAGCAGAUCGAGCACUACUCACGCUUCUCGCCGUCGCCACUCUCCAUCAAACAGUUCCUGGACUUUGGGAGAGAUAAUGCAUGUGAGAAAACUUCAUAUAUGUUUCUACGAAAGGAACUUCCUGUGCGACUGGCUAACACAAUGAGAGAAGUUAAUCUUUUGCCAGAUAACUUACUGAACCGCCCUUCAGUGGGGUUGGUUCAGAGUUGGUACAUGCAGAGUUUUCUUGAACUUUUAGAAUAUGAAAAUAAAAGUCCUGAGGAUCCACAGGUCUUGGAUAACUUCUUACAAGUUCUGAUUAAUGUUAGAAAUCGACAUAAUGAUGUGGUUCCUACGAUGGCCCAAGGAGUAAUUGAAUACAAGGAGAAGUUUGGAUUUGACCCUUUCAUUAGCAGUAACAUCCAGUAUUUCCUGGAUCGGUUUUAUACCAACCGCAUCUCUUUCCGUAUGCUUAUUAACCAGCACACACUUCUGUUUGGUGGAGAUACUAAUCCUGCCCAUCCUAAACACAUAGGGAGUAUUGACCCCACCUGUAACGUGGCUGAUGUGGUGAAAGAUGCAUAUGAAACGGCCAAGAAGCUGUGUGAGCAGUAUUACCUGGUAGCCCCAGAGCUGGAAGUUGAGGAAUUCAAUGCCAAAUCACCAGACAAACCUAUUCAGGUCGUUUAUGUGCCCUCACAUCUGUUUCAUAUGCUAUUUGAGUUGUUCAAGAAUUCAAUGAGAGCAACAGUAGAACUGUACGAAGAUAGAAAAGAGCGCUACCCAGCUGUUAAAACCCUUGUUACUUUGGGUAAAGAAGACUUGUCCAUUAAGAUAAGUGACCUAGGGGGUGGAGUCCCACUUCGAAAAAUAGACCGGCUUUUUAACUACAUGUACUCAACUGCCCCUCGACCUAGCCUAGAGCCUACAAGAGCUGCCCCCUUGGCUGGGUUUGGUUAUGGCUUGCCAAUUUCUCGACUGUAUGCCAGGUAUUUUCAGGGUGAUCUAAAACUAUAUUCCAUGGAAGGAGUGGGAACUGAUGCUGUCAUUUAUUUGAAGGCUCUUUCAAGUGAAUCAUUUGAGAGGUUGCCAGUUUUCAAUAAGUCUGCGUGGCGCCAUUAUAAGACCACACCUGAGGCUGAUGACUGGAGCAAUCCCAGCAGUGAACCAAGGGAUGCAUCAAAGUACAAGGCCAAACAGGACAAGAUCAAGACUAAUAGAACUUUGUAGAACACUGAGUGCUUUGAUCCUCUGUGCGAAGAAAGAUUACCUUCUGCAAGUCAACUAGAGAAAUUUCUUCUACCAACUCUAGAGUGUGGCACAUAGUUAUCCCCAAUGCUUGAAUACGUAUUUCCUCCAUGCAGGCUCCACAUUUGCUAGGAGCCCUUCCUGUAGUUACUUUAGUCAGCUCUUCCACUAAGGUAGUAAUGAAGUAAUUUUUCAUGUUAUCUUGCUAUGGUGGUGGUGGUACCUGUCACAACAGAGCACGAGUCUCCUUAGAGCUCUUGAGUUCAUAUACUCUCUGUCUCAUCAUGGAGUUUAGUAUCUGAAGUCUUUCCUGUAUUCUGAGCUUCUUCUACAUUCUGGAUGCAGUAUAUCCUACUACCAUAUAUGUCUCAAACCUCUGAAGAGUGCCUGGGGAGUCUAGAAGCAGAAGGCAUCAGCUGAGCACAUUUUGAAAAUCCAGUCCCAGGACUUUCCUGUCCCACAUGCAUCCUUCCUCCACUGCGUGAUUUAGACUUUUCUACCUUCUAUCUGAUUGUGUUCUCAUUAUGAGGUAUGGUACUUUUGUUAGAUCUUACCCAUCUCUGCAUCGGGUUUCCAUUAAAUUUUCGCUUGUAUACCUUCAUUCCAUUUAUUAAAGCAUUCCAAAAGUU